GGAGAGGGGGGUGCUUGACGGGUGCACCCGCCCUUCCUUUAUUGUGACCGGCUGGAGAGGAGUUAUCCAUGUUGUCCGUUGUAACAUGGAUAAGGAGAAAAACGACAAAGCAAUGGAGGAGCUGGUGUGUGAGCUUCGUCUGUUUCUGGACCUGCUGGACAGAGAAUAUCUGAGUGCUGGGGUCCGAGAGAAGAAGAUACACCUCUCCAAUAUUCUGCACAGAGUACUGUCCGACAAAGAGCCUUCAUUCAAGUCAGAGAUACACAGCGGACUGCCUGCUCCACCUCAGAUGCCACUUCCAGAGAUCCCUCACCCCUGGAUGACUCCAAAUAGCGGGCCCCCUCCCCUGCCCAGCUCAUCUCUUCCAGAAGGCUACUAUGAGGAAGCGGUUCCUUUAGGUCCUGGAAAGGCUCCAGAAUACAUCACCUCCAACUAUGACUCGGAUGCCAUGAGCAGUUCCUAUGAGUCGUACGAUGAGGAAGAGGAGGAUGGGAAGAGCCAGAAGAUGCGUCACCAGUGGCCCUCUGAGGAAGCGUCCAUGGACCUCGUGAAGGACGCCCGGAUUUGUGCAUUCCUGCUGCGCAAGAAACGCUUCGGCCAGUGGACCAAACUCCUCUGUGUCAUCAAAGACAACAAACUGCUGUGUUACAAAUCCUCCAAAGACCACACUCCCCAAAUGGAGCUGAACCUGUCAGUGUGCAGCAUCACACACAUCCCUAAAGAUGGCAAGAAAAAGAAGCACGAACUAAAGAUUGUCCACCAAGGUGCAGACGCCCUGGUGCUGGCUGUGCAGAGCAAAGAACAGGCCGAGGAGUGGCUUAAGGUGAUGAGAGAGGUGUGUGUUAAUGGGAGCAUAGAUUUGGAUGGAGUUGGAUCUGGAUCUCCAGUGCAUAAACCUGAACUGGAAAAGAAGACAUCGUGUGACAGGCCAAGCUCAGAUGGGGAAGCAACCCAUGAGAACGGUCACAGCGACUGCAAGGACCAAGGUGAGAGUCACAGCGACAGUUGCUACCAGAAAUGA